AUGCUCAUCCAUGCGCGAGCUGACGUUGAACUUCCAGACAAGGAUACAGGCAUGACACCACUUUUCUGGACAACCCAUCGAGAAGCGCACGUGCAAUGUGCGCGUUUGCUCUUGGAGGCCAGCGCGGAUGUGAAGUCUGUUUCCAAAACCCUGGGUCUGACGCCCCUGGCGAGCGCUGCUUGUUGGGGGCACGUGGACAUGGCUCGGUUGUUCGUUCAAGCCAUGCAAGGCACCGGUACCAGCAUGACAGGCACUGCAAUAUUUGCAGCUGCUAACAAGGGCCAUGUGGAGAUCGUGCGAUUGCUUUUGGAGUUGCAGACUGACAAAGACUCAAGCAUUCAGUUGGCCUUGCUGGCCCUUUUCUGUGCAUCAUGCCAUAACCGUGUUGAAGUCGUGCGCCUCAUAUUGGGCUUAUUGGAUGAGGAAGCCCUGGAGCAAAUCUUUUGUGAGAGGGCUUUCUUUGUUUCGGAGACCGGCCAUGUGGAGAUUUUGCACCUGUUGCUGGAAACAAAGACCACCGUUCAUGUCGGAGCACGAGAGGCAGCACUGCUGAAUGCGUGUCUGCACGACCAGCUUGAAGUUUUGCAGUCGUUGCUUCCAGGGCCCGGCCGCCCUUCCCUGGCUAAUCAUGUCGUCUUGGCCGGUCAGAUUUGUGCCUCGGGACGUGGCUCAGUGGAGAUCGUGCGCACGCUGUGGAGCAGUUUGGAGGAACAGGAAGCAGUUUGGACUGUCAGCCCGAGAGCGGCGGUGCUAAUCUACGCAGCUCAUCAAAACCACAUACUUGUCAUGGAGUGGUUGCGGAGCACGGUGUUCCAGCUCGUGAACUAUGGGUUCGGCGAGUUUUUUGAGUUCGUUGGGGACGCCCGGGCGUGA